AUGGCUACAGCACAUCCGUUCUACAAUGAAUAUCAGGCAAACUAUUACAACUCAUGCUACAACUACUCUCAGUUGAGCCAUGAUCAAUAUAGCCCCGUUAGUGCAACGUCGCAGUUUCCCGAAAGUUCAUUGGGCCAACCACAACAACAGCAGCAGCCGUCCAUUCCGCCACUGUCUCAGUACGAAAGCCAAACAAGCGUAACGUCCUCGACGUCCGGAUGCACCUCCCAGUACCACGGCGAUGGGCAGUAUCAAUCCCCGAACCAGUAUUACGCUGGACAGCAACCCUAUUACGAGCAGUACAGUAAUCAGUUCGAUGGCUACUACAGCUAUCAGUAUCAGCCAAUCACGCCUCAUCAUCAUCAGCAGCACUCGAGCGUUGCGCUGGAGCAUAGCGUAGGCUCAUCAAAAAGCCAGGAUACUCCGCAAUUCCUGUCGCUGGCGUCUUAUCGUUCAUACAGUAACGCAACUAAGGGGCCCGAGUCCGACAGCUCCGAUGGUGGGCUUACGGCUUAUAGAAAAAUCUGCGAACCGAUUGUGGAGCCACCGAAAGCGCCAGCCGAGAAACGAAAGUGCUCGGCCGAGGAAGAUCAAGAUGAGGCCGACGAGAGGCGCGGCACAGAUGUGGAAAGCAAGACGACGGAUUCACCAGCCCUGCGAGCGUUACUCACCAAUCCGGCCAAGAAGCUUAAGUACAACCCACACUAUGCCAGCGUAGCCUCCAAAGCAUCAUUCCAACGCCCCGGUGCAGAAUGCGGUAAUGGCGUCCUUUCUCCGGCCAGCGAUCGCAUCGUGCCCGACAUAGCGCCGUUAUCCCCCAAUAAAACCGACGACAGCAUCGAUAGCCUCCUGGACAACACCAAGCAUGGUUACGAAGCGGCCGAGGGAACCCACUAUGUGAUGAGUCAUUUGGUCCAACCCAGAACGCCAUCCUACGAUGGUGUCAGCACUCCGCCCCUGUCCCCGAAGGAUCUAGAAAGUGUUGUCUCAUCGCCUCGCUUGUCACUAUCGGAAGCUGGAAAAUGGCCACAAAAUGGCGACUCUGAAGCAUCUCUCAAUAAGGAAGCUACCAAGAGGACCCGUCAGUCAUACUCUCGACAUCAGACUCUCGAGUUGGAGAAAGAGUUCCACUUCAACCGAUAUCUCACCCGGAGACGUCGCAUUGAGAUCGCCGGCCUGCUCAAACUGACUGAGCGACAGAUUAAGAUUUGGUUCCAGAAUCGUCGCAUGAAGGCCAAAAAGGACAACCAAUCGGCUUCCAGCACCCCGGACUUAGUGUUCGAUCCGGAACUCUCGCAGCCCGCACCUUCUACGAUGAUGAUGCCGUCUAUAUCCGCCGUUCACCCGCAACCUAUGUCCUACGGGGCAUCGAUGACAACCUCGCCAGCGAACACUCACCACCUCGUGCAUCCAUACCAUCAGGUCCACCAGCAAACUGGUGCAACACCUAACGGAACGGUGAACCAGUGGCCGUAUCAUCAUUCCCAAACUCCCUCGUAUCACCCACAAACGCAUCUGCAUCACCAAGCACAGCAUCAGCAGCAGCUACAAAACCAGCAAGAUCAUCUAAGCGUCGCUUCCUACGGACAAUCGGCGUACGAUCAUCACCAGUCGUCUCUGAAUUUGACGCCUUCUUAUCUUUAA